AUGGAUAGAUUUCUCAUUGUCAAACCAUCUAAUAAGACAACAGUGUCAUCUGCUGCUGUUGUUGACACCAAUGAUUCCAAAGCACCUCCAGUGGCAGCGACAACAACAAUAACAUCGUCUACAGUAGGAUCAGACAAAGAGAAUCAACCAGAUAAUAAGAUUCAAUCACAUUCUAGCAAGACUACCACAACAACUCAACAGCAGGACAAGAAGACGACUACAACACCACAACAACCUACAACUCCAAAGAAGAAGAAGGCACCUGCCGCCACACCAAAGAAGUCAAAUGCUUUUGCGAACAAGUCAACUACAUCCACUACCGCGACAACUACCACUCCCGCCGCUGCCGCCAACACCUUGUCAUCGACAACAUCACAGACUCAGACUCAACAACCACAAAUGCAACAGACAUGCCUAUCAUUCUUCUUCAAGCCAUUGUCCAGUAAUGAUGAACCUGUGUGGAAGUACUUGUUUGAGAAGGAGGCAGCUGAUAGGGCUGAACGUGAGAGGUUGGAGAAGGAGAGACAGGAACGUGCAAUGGAGGAGUUGCGUGUGAAGAAGGCAGAGGAGAGGAAAAAGAGACUGGAGAUCAAGAAGAUAAAGGAUGCAGAGAGACGCAGAAGAGAGGAAGAGGAGUGGCAAGAGUAUCAGAUGAUUCAAGAAAAGAGGAACAAGGGUGUGGAGAUCAUACCACAUCUCUAUCUGGGUUCAUUCGUCGCCGCCAAGAAUGUCGAGUGGCUCACCAAUCAAGAGGCACCAAUCAGCAAGAUCAUCAACGUCACCACAGAGAUAAAGUGUUACUUCACCAAGGGCAAGGACACAACUGUCGUUGUCCAGGAGGAUGAUGAUGAAGAAGAGGAUGAGGAUGCCGAGGAUGAGGAGGAUGAGGACGAGGAUGCCGAGGAUGAGGACGAAGAUGUGGAUGUGGAUGCGGUUGAUGAGGCUGCCAAGGAUGUAGUCGUCAGCGAUGAGCCACAGACGACCGUGUCCAUGGAUGGCCAGCCAAAGGAUCAGUCCAAGGAUGAUGUCGUGAUGAUCGAUGCCACCACUGUGGCGCCACAAAAGGAUAGUGAGCAAGACGCCAUGGUUGACCAACCUCUCACUGAUCAAGCCAAGGAUGUCGAGGAACAGCCACAACAACAGCAACAACAACAACAAGUAGAGGAAGAAGAGCCAAUGAAGGAGGAGGAGGAGAAGGAGGUGGAAUUGGUAAUUGAUUACCUCAGAGUACCUGUGGCCGACAGCUCAAGAGCACAGAUAGAACAAUACUUUGAUCAAUCUUGUGUGUUCAUUGAGACUGGAAUCAAGAGUGGCGCCAAUAUAUUGGUACAUUGUCAACAGGGCAGGAGUAGAUCACCGACCAUCAUCAUUGCCUACCUCAUGAAGUGCUGCAACUGGACAUUGGAGCGUGCAUGGACAGUGGUCCAAGAGAAGAGUCCAAAGACUCUAACAGUCAACGAUGGCUUCAAACAAAAGUUAAUGGCACUGGAGCACUCGAUAUUCAAGACAAACUCAAACGUUGAAUGCUUCCUCAAUGGACGCACUACUACUGCUGCUGGCCAUAAUGAUAGCGCCACUGGCGGUGAGUCCCAGAGGUCGUUGCGCGCAAAGGCCCUGACCGACAUUAAGAACAGACGUGCCAAUGGCUCGAAUGCUCCACCCGUCAAGCCUGUCGACACCUAUGAUGACUGUUGCGUCGAGGAUGAGGAUGACGCAGAUGCUGAUGGUGAUAAGCUCAUCAGCACAUUGGAUGAUCUAAAGGUAGUCAAGCGCAGGAAAGAGUAA